AUGCUAUGCUAUGUUCAGUCAGUUAGCCCGGACUUCGGUCCGAUGCAGGGGACAAGGUCCCAGUCAGUUUCCGGACUUCGGUCCGAUGCAGGGGGCAAGGCCCCAGUUAGCCCAGACUUCGGUCCGAUGCAGGGAACAAGGUCCCAGUCAGUUUCCGGACUUUGGUCCGAUGCAGGGGGCAAGGCCCUAGUUAGUCCGGACUUCGGUCCGAUGCAGGGGACAAGGUCCCAGUCAGUUUCCGGACUUCGGUCCGAUGUAGGGGGCAAGGCCCCAGUUAGUCCGGACAUUGGUCCGAUGCAGUGGGCAAGGCCCAGUAUGUGCUUUAUAUGUUUUUGUAUGGUAUGUGUUAGAUUGGGGGAGCUCACUAAGCUUCGUGCUUACGGUUUUCAGUUUUGGUUUCAGCUUGAUGUAUUGAUAUCUACCUGCAUACGAGUGCCCACUUCCUUGAAAACAGUAGAUGAAAAGGGAGACACACCAGUUCAUAAAGGUUCACAGAGGAUGGAUAAUGUGGACCUCUACGCACCUGAUACUUUGGAUCCAGCCCUAAGUAUUGAUAUUCUUUGCUAA